AUGCUAUCGGGAGACAUGGGGCUUGAAAACUUCUUGCUUCCAGAUUUCGUUACCGAUCUCUUGCAGGGUAAAAUGUACGAUUUAGCGUAUCACAAGCUUCCGGAGAAAUCCCACGCAUUAACGUUAAUCCAUAAGGUCAAUAACACUUACUCCGGAGAAUUCUAUCUUUUGGAUAUGGAAACAAUCAUUCCCAUUGUUGAUGACGUUUACGAGAAGUUUGACAGACGCAAUGCAUUUUCCGACGUCGUUCGUAAAACCAACCACGGCCAUUUAUGCUAUCUUUUCAGUACAUUUGCCUUUGGCGAACAGCUAUUGAACUCGCACAUGGUACUUAAUCUGAAGGUCAAAAUACCCGGGAUAGAGUAUUUUCUAUUGGCACUGCAAUUGGCUCAUCUCAACCGUGAAGAGAUUGACUUGUGCUUCAUACAGACGGCAUUGAUUCUCGGUCUCUAUUCCGUCAACUUGAACCGCUAUAACACAGUUUAUAACUUUUUUGGGGUGGCUGUCAGAUCCACACUUGCCAAGGGACUUCAUCGGAAGUCGGAAAUGAAGCUUACGGGCACUCCGGAGGAGAUCUUCGUCAAAAGAAAACUACUUGAGAAGAUGAAAAGAGUCUUUUGGAGUGUGUAUGUCAUCGACACAACUUGGUCAACCCACAGAAUGAGUUUGCCUGUUCACAUUAAUUAUGUUGACACUGAUGCAGACCUUCCAUUGGACGAUCCACUUGAUUUGCAGGAUAACUUUGACGUCAACUUUCUUGAGCUCAAUGUUCAUUUGUCCAAGUACAUUGCAAAGUCCAUGAAACUAAUCCAUGGCGCCAACAUGCGUACGCUAUCCGUUAGUUACGUCAACACCGCUCAAUUCAAUCAGAAACAACAAGCUAAGAAUUGUUUGAGUUGUCUUAGGGAGCUUGUCACCUGCUUUGAAGAGCCCUAUCUAACUGAAUUCGACAGAGUACGCCUCUUCACUGGGGAAAGAAGAAGCUUAACCAACUUGUUUCUCCGGUUCCAUCAACUAGUGAUCAUUAUUACUAGGCCUUUGCUCUUUUUGGUGUUUAUCCGAGAUGCUCCAAGACUUGAAAACCCUUCGGAGAUACUGCAGGCUAUCGUCAAGGGCAUUCAUGUGGCCCAUACGCAGAUCGAUAUCAUCUUAUCGUUCUAUGCCAAUCAGCAACUCUUUGUAUUGGGAUUUUGGGACUCUCAACACUUGUUCUCGGCUAUUAUGGUGGCUAUAAUAGGUGCUAUUAUCGGCAAAGGGUUUGACCGGAUCCCCCAUGGUGUGGCACUUUUGAAAUAUAUGGCUGACCAUAAUAACAUUAAUGCCUUGAAUUGUAUGAAGAAAUUGGCCCAUGUCAAUGAGUUUCUAUUGCAAACUCCGGAGAUAGGAUUCACUCUUAACUUGCGACAAUCCAUUGAGAACAUUGACCUUAUACCUUCUGAGUUUGGAAUCAAUUCCUCCUCAUCUGGUCUGGACUUGGUUAACCCUCCACCUUUGGCAGCCUUCAUCAAAUCAAACAUCAACCCCACCGUCACAUGGAGACCUUUUGAAGAUCCUGUUUCUUCCACUCCGUCUUCCUACUCCUCCCGAGAAGACUGGAACGAAGGCAUAAGCAACUAUAGCUCCCACUCCAAGAAUAUCUUGUUCAACAUGAUCAACAGUAUUCAAAGCUGGGACGUCUAUGCCGACAAGAACGAAUAA